GGCCACCACCACCUACCGUCGGUCCCCCUCCUCCCCUCCCCACAGUGGCACAGCACAGCAGUACAGCACAUCAUCCAUCCAUUCCUGCUCUCAUCCAUGCGUAGUACAGCCGAGUCCCCACCCCGCCAUGUCUGCGUCCAUCCGAAGGAUGGAGGAGGGACGGCGCACGCACGGCCGGCCUUCCUGGAGGCGAGGCGGGAGGAGAGAGAACGGCACCAUGACUUCUUCCUCUCUUCCUAUCCUUCUUUUCCUACCAAUGGAGCGUGACUUUUCUAGAGAGAGAGAGGGGCAGCGGCGAGAGCGACUCGGCGGAAGGGAAAAAAAACGGAUGGGCACGCAGGCGUGCGCGGUGGUGCCCCUGUGCACGGCCGCGUGCUGCACCCCACCCAUCAUCCAUCACCCUCAUUGACGCCACCACCUGCCUGCUUCCCCUUCCCCCGUCUCUAGAAGACAGAGAGAGAGGGGGGAGGGAGAGCGCACGCGGAUCCAAGCAUGCCCGCCCAGACCUCCCCCUCUCCUCCGGGGGAUGCGUGGAAGCAAGCCGAAUCAGGGCAGGGCCCUGCCCUGGAGCGCGAGGGCGAGACGAGAUAGCGCCCCCACUGCUCCCGUCCACACACCAUUACCACCACCGCCUGCCCACCCACCCCGUCUACCACCACCAUCUCCGCUGCUGAUAGGAUGAUGAUGGGUGGAGAGAGAAACCAGAAGAGAGAGAGAGAGUUGAAACUCCAUCCAGCCAGACGGUCGGUGGCGUUUCUUGCCUGCCGGCCGGGCAUGCGUGCUUCGGCUCCCCAUACUCCUGUUGCCACCAAUCCAUGGGCCUUUUUGGGUUUUCGACCUCGCCUCACCCCAUGGGUCAGGUCAGAGGAGAGCCGAGAGCUCUCCCCGUCACACGCCGCCCGCGGCAGGAGAGAGAGAAAGCAGGCAGCCGGGCUGCGGCCGGGCAAGAAACUUCCCCCACCUCCCUCCUCGCCUUUAUUUCUAUACUCGAUAUUGUCGUCUCCUUCCUCGGUCCCAUCUCCUCCCCGCCCCCUGCUCCGCCUUUUCCUCUCCGGUUCCUCCUCCUCCCCCUCGCCUCGCCUCCCCCGCGCUCCCUUUCUUGCGGUGUGGGGGAGUUGAGGAGGUGAGCAGCUGAGGUCCGGCGAGGCCAGGUUAGGCGGCCAUGGCAGCUGGCAAGAAGGCCAGGGUCGUCUUGGCCCAGCCGGCGGCGGGGGCGCUGCCGCCGCGCCCGCCGGCGCUCUUCUCCCGAGCGCCCGGCCCCGUCCGCGGCUCCGGGGAGGAGGCGUACAGGGCCAGGCUUAGGUACCAGGCCCUCCUCCAUGACUACCAGGAGCUCGUCAAGGAAGCUCAAGCAAAGAAGAGGAGGCUGCACAUGGAGAGGCUCAACAAGCAGAGGCUACUGGCUGAAGUCAAAUUCUUGAGGAAGAGAUACAAAUCCAUGUCUGAAAACCCAUCUCAGACAAUUGUUUGUAGAGUGAGGAAUCCAGCAAUGCGGCCGGCACGUCGCACUGCUGCUUGGGCCAAUGAUGCUCAGCACCGGUCGAUUCAAGCCAUUGGGAGUUCCAGCAGAAGCCAGCUGGUGCAAUGGAGACAAGAUGAUUCUCCAAGAGCAUCUCCGGUGAUUGACCUCAAUGAGGCCUGUGAGCCGGGUUAUGAGAUUGAAAUGGGUGACCAUCAUGGUUACGGGGAGCCUCUUGGCAUCAACAAUGUGAGGAGGUACCUGAUGGAAGGUGUCGCUGCUGCCGGCCCUAGCGAGGUGCGAAUUCCUGCAUUCUGGGAUGCCCGGAGUCUGGAGGGCCGAGCUGGGAAGAGGAAGAUCUCAUGGCAGGAUCAGUUGGCCCUGAGAGUAUAGGCAAUGACAGUAUUUAGCCGAAGUACCAUAGUAGUAGGAUCUGUAUGUGUCAUCGCUAGCUGGUCACCAGAUGUAAAAGGAUCUGCAGGAUAAUCUGGAUGGUUGUUUACCCAUGUCUCGUGAUGAAAACAUGGGCUGCCUUGUGAUAGCAAGGUAGGCGUGAUGGCUGUCACCAAAAAUGUUAAGGCAAAUCCUAGUGUGGAGGGCUAAUGGUUCAAUGAGAGAUGUACCUUCUGAGGCAGCAGUUUCUCCUGUUAUUCUAGAAUGUAAAGUUGAAGAAAUGCAUGAUGUCACUCUCCUGAGGUUGAACAAAAAAAAAAAA